GUCAAACUAGACUAUCUUCUGCACUGUAAUAAGUAUUGUAUAAGUACUUCGAACAUCUCAUUUAUCCACCGUGUUGUAAAUACGUUACUCCGAAGGGAUAGCUUAUUAUCUAGUUCCAAUAUUUUUUCAGAUCUUCCGGAAGGUUCUCUUCGCAGUUUGCCGUUUGCAUGCAACGUAUUUUAAUCGUCCCGUUCAUUUGUGCAAUAAGUUCGCGCACACGUUGAUGUCGGAAAGCGAUGUGGUCUUUCCUGCUACUAAUGGCCUUCCGCCGCUGAAAGAAGAUGCGGUCUUCGAUAAGGGUAUCUUCAAUCAGUCAGUAUCAAUGCUGGUCGUCGGUGUUGCCUGUAACCGUGGCUUAAGUCGUCUAUUGGAACAACUUCGACCAUACUUUCCACCGUUCGUGCAUAUUCCAAAACUUCAAAAAACAUACACAGACGACGCUGGUGUUUUGAGAAAACUUACUCUCCUACAACCGACAUCUUCGAUUGCCGACUCGGAAUUUAUUGCUGACCUCAAAAAACAGAACAUUGAUGUCUCAUUAAAGCCGUAUUUCCCACCGGACUCCAGUUGUACGCAGAACGAAGCCAAUGCAGAGGAACCUCCAGAAGUUUCUAUCUCAGUUCUUCCUUCCGUCCAUCAGCCAUGUUCACUGCGCCUCAAAGUCACUUAUGAAAACUUCUCGUUUGAGCAUGCGCUUAAGCUACUCCUUCCGGAUCAUUUGAUGCCGGUAUCUGGUUUUACCGCGGUGGGUCACGUGGCGCACUUCAACUUGAAGCCAGAUGCUCUUCCAUAUCGCCACUUGAUUGGUCAGCUUGCUCUGGACAAACUUCCUAAUAUCCGCACUGUGAUCCACAAAGCUUCUGCAAUCGAGUCGGACUACCGAACAUUCGAGAUGGAAUUGAUGGCUGGUGAACCGAACUACGUAACUGUUGUAAGAGAAAACAACUUGUCUUUUCAUUUGGACAUGUCUAAGGUGUACUGGAAUUCGAGGUUGGGUACAGAACACGCCAGGAUUGUGGAACGGAUACGACACUCAUUACCUUUAGCCACUGAGCAUGGUGAUCAGACGGUUUUCGCCACACGCACUGUCGUCUACGAUGUGUUUGCCGGUGUCGGUCCGUUCGCUGUCCCUGCCGCCAAACUUGGUUGCGAUGUGUUCGCGAACGACCUAAAUCCAGAAUCCUACAAGUGGCUACUGAAAAAUGUGACUGUGAACAAAACGAAGCGGAAGCCACUGGAAAACGUAAAGUGUUUCAAUUUGGACGGGCGGGUAUUUAUUCGCGAGAUCCUUCUUCCGCACUACUGGAAAUCACUUUGUUCCUCAGAACCACCUCAGAGAUUUGUAGUGAUAAUGAAUCUUCCGGCGCUGGCCCCGGAAUUUUUGGAUGCUUUCUCAGUAGAUGGCGAGUACGAGAAGUGUGAUCCGACCGUGCCUCUAGAGAUUUUCUGCUACUGUUUUCUUCGACGCCACAUAGAAUCCGAAGAUACAGUGAAACAGCGCAUCGCCAACGCUCUGCAUUGCGUGGAUUUGUUCGGAGAAGCUGCGCCAAAUGAAGCAUCGAUGACUGUCAAGUCGUGGAAUUUCCGCUUUGUUCGUGAUGUCGCUCCGUAUAAGGACAUGUACUGUGCUGAAUUUCAGCUUAUGUUGGCCCGUAAAGAAGCCAACGCGGAUUCUGUUGAUUGCUGCUCCGGAGAAAAGAAGCCGCGGUGGAGUAUUUCGGGUCUGACAACAUGA